AUGGCUAGGAAGAGAAAACAGGCCAAUGAUCAUGAAAGGAUCAUGAGUGAGAGGAACUCUGAUCAUCCUGAAGAGAACAUGACUUGGGAUGAUAUGGUUAAGGAAUCAGCAGCUGCUGCAGCACUAGGUGGACCCCGACGAGCUCGGAAGCGGUUUGUAGGUGUUCGCCAGCGGCCAUCUGGCAGAUGGGUUGCAGAAAUCAAGGACACCAUACAAAAGAUUAGAGUAUGGCUAGGCACCUUUGAUACAGCUGAGGAAGCAGCUAGAGCAUAUGAUGAAGCUGCUUGCUUGCUACGAGGAGCCAAUACUCGCACCAACUUCUGGCCUUCUUCCCAAUCAUCUUCAACCACACCUGCACUUCCUUCAAAAAUCACAAACCUCCUUCUUCAUAGGCUCAAAGCCAGGAACAAUUCUUUAGCAGCAGCAGCAGCUGCUUCAUCUCACCACACUCAGCUAACCACCGGUUGUCAUGAUGACAAGAAGCAACAUGAGGAAUUUAGAGAUGACAUAGGUGAGCUUCCAGAUACAAUCUUUACUGAUUUUCUCAAUGACCCAGAUGAGUAUAUUCCUGAGAACUAUGAGAUUUUGUUAACCAGUAGCAAUGAUAAUUACGACAACCGGAAUCCUUUAUCAUCUUUACCUGUUAAAGAUGAUUUUGAUCAGUUGAUAGCACCUGAUAAUUUAGAUAAUCAUGAUGAUCAUAUGGCAUCACAAUGUUCAAGUGAUGAUACAAACAAUGAAGGUGCAAUGGAAGAAGACGAAUUCGAAGAAGAAGGGAGUAGUGAUAUGGGAGUAAUUGAUUUCGGGUUCAUUGAUGAACUUGGAUCAUCUUGUAACUUUUCUCCAUUUGAGAUAGCUCAAGAAAUAGCAUCACAUGAACUUCAGGAGGAGGUUUACAACACGGAAGGAGACGAGCCAUUAACAAUAAGUGAAGCAAUGAAGAGGAUGAAAUACGAGCGCAAGUACUCAGCUUCUCUCUAUGCUUUCAAUGGCAUACCAGAAUGCUUGAAGCUGAAGCUUGGACUAGGAAGAGGCAUCAAGUCAAGAGAAAGGUCCAAAAUGCAAAGGACCAUUAAGGAAUUGGAUAAAAAAGCAGAUGAAGAAUCAAAGAAAGAUGUGGAAGAAGAAGCUGUAAUUUCUUCUACAACUAAUAUUAUUGAUGGAGAAUUAUCAUUGUGGAGCUCUCUUGAUCUUCCAACCAUCUGCUAUGUUAAUUAGCUAUCUCCUUUCAAACUUUUACAGGGUUUUAGUUCUUUCUAGUUUCAACAGCAUGUC